UCAGUGCUGACAGUCCGCUGCUGGGCAGAGCCGGGAGCACAGCAGCGCUCUCUCUCCCUGCUGUCUGUACAGUGUCACCGGAGGCGGCGCAGCAUCCCUCCCCUCUCGCCGCUGUGCACACUAAGCAGCGCUGACAUGGGUUAGGCUUCCAGUCCGGGACUGACGGAGUGCACAGGGCAGCCCCAUCCCCGGCCGGAGAGCAGGCAUGGAGAGCGGGCUCUGAUCCCCCUCAGGAGAGCCGCAGACAAAGGACGCGGGGGGCAGAGCAGGAGACAUGAUCGCUGAGGUGCUGAGCAGCGCCCUGGGGCUCGUCCUGUAUCUCAACACCCUGGGCGCGGAUUUCUGCUACGAUGACAGCCGGGCUAUCAAGACAAAUCAGGACCUGCUUCCAGAAACUCCAUGGAUCCAAAUAUUCUUCAAUGAUUUUUGGGGGACUUUACUUACCCACAGUGGCAGCCAUAAAUCUUACCGUCCUCUAUGCACUCUUUCUUAUCGCCUUAACUACAUUUUUGGGGGUCUAGAACCCUGGAGCUAUCACCUUGUGAAUAUCCUGUUGCAUUCAGCCGUCACAGGCCUUUUCACGAAUUUUUGUAAAGCCCUGUUUGGUAGUGGAUGCUGGACACUCUUAGCUGGCCUUCUGUUUGCUUCUCAUCCGAUCCAUACGGAAGCUGUUGCCGGAAUAGUAGGACGAGCAGAUGUGGGAGCUGGACUCUUCUUUCUACUUUCAUUACUAUGCUACAUAAAGCAUUGUUCGACCAGGAGCUAUUCUGUUAGUAGCUGGUGCUGGAUCCUUUUUAGUGGAUUGUGUGCCGCUUGCAGCAUGCUAUGGAAAGAACAAGGAGUCACUGUUUUGGCAGUAUCUGCGUUUUAUGAUGUUUUUGUUUUUCACAAAUUAAAGAUAAGUGAGGUAAUUUCUGCUGUCUUAAAGGGCAAGAAUUUGCCUCUUAUUCUCAGCAUUGGACUUUUGGUUUCCUGGGGAGUCUUGUUGUUGGGUGCUCGUUUCUACUGGAUGGGAAAUACACCACCAAGUUUUUCCAACUCUGACAACCCAGCUGCGGACUGUGAAAUCCUACUUACACGUACCCUGACCUUCUUCUACUUGCCAACUAAGAACUUCUGGCUACUUUUUUGCCCUGAUACACUCAGCUUUGAUUGGUCGAUGGAUGCUGUGCCUCUGAUUAAAUCAGUCAUUGACUGGCGGAAUAUACACACUGUGGCCUUUUACGUCAUACUCUUCCUCCUUGCCUACACAAGUCUCAAGAGCUCCAGUACAAAAAGAGAAUGCAAUGGGAAAGUGUUCAUGAAUGGCAAGCAGAAUACUAAUGGCCAUAGCUGUCAAUCAGAUUUAGAAUACAAGAACUCGGAGCCGAGGACUACCAUUGUCUCAAAACUUGAAAAUGGUGUAAAAAACCAUAUUAACCAUGGAUUGCAACUUCCUUCUACAGAAAACCUUGUUGUUUUAGCUCUAUCUCUAUUGAUAGUUCCCUUUGUGCCCGCCAGUAAUCUAUUUUUCUAUGUUGGCUUUGUUAUUGCAGAGCGUGUACUCUAUAUUCCCAGUAUGGGGUUCUGUUUACUAGUAACUGUAGGGGCCCGAGCUCUUUAUAUUAAGGCCCAAAAAAACUUUCUUAAAAGCCUAGUUUUUUAUGCUGCUGCUGCGUUAGUUCUUUUUUAUGGACUGAAAACUGUUGUAAGAAACGAGGAUUGGAAAAAUGAAGAGAUGCUGUACAGAUCAGGAAUACAAGUCAAUCCAGCUAAAGCAUGGGGUAACCUUGGGAAUGUACUGAAGAGCCAGGGCAAAAUUUCUGAAGCAGAAAAAGCCUACAGAAAUGCUUUGUACUACCGAAGCAAUAUGGCUGAUAUGCUGUAUAACCUAGGCUUAUUGCUCCAGGAAAACAGCAAGUUCGCUGAGGCUCUUCACUACUACAAGUUAGCAAUUGGUAGCAGGCCUACACUGGCAUCGGCAUACUUGAAUACAGGUAUAAUUCUUAUGAAUCAGGGAAGGACUGAAGAAGCCAAAAGGACUUUUUUGAAAUGCUCAGAAAUCCCAGAUGAAAACCUAAAAGAUCCAAAUGCUCAUAAGAGUUCAGUGACCAGUUGCCUUUAUAAUCUGGGAAAGUUGUACCACGAAUUAGGGCAGUAUGAGGAUGCACUCUCUGUGUAUAAAGAAGCAAUACUGAAAAUGCCAAGGCAAUUUGCACCACAAAGCUUAUAUAACAUGAUGGGUAAGAAAAUUAAACAAAACCUAACAUAUUUAACAUAUAUUAAUGAAGGCUCUGGUCGUAAAAGUGAAGCUGAACAAUACUUUUUAAAAGCAAUUCAGCUGGAUCCCACCAAAGGAAAUUGUUAUAUGCAUUACGGCCAGUUUCUUCUGGAAGAAGGCCGUAUUAUGGAAGCAGCAAAAAUGGCUAAGAAAGCUGCAGAACUGGACAGCUCUGAAUUUGAUGUUGUCUUUAAUGCAGCUCACAUGCUCAGGCAAGCCAGUCUAAAUGAAGCAGCAGAAACUUACUACAAAAUGGCAGCCGGACUGCGACCUAAUUAUCCUGCUGCCUUGAUGAAUCUGGGUGCCAUUCUUCAUCUCAAUGGUAAAUUAGAAGAAGCAGAAGCCAACUACCUCCGAGCUCUUCAGUUCAAGCCGGAUGAUGGUAUCACUCAAUCUAACCUUCGCAAGUUGUGGAAUAUCAUGGAGAAACAAGGUCUUAAGACAUCGAAAACGUGACAAAGAGAACUAGAGACUUUUGAUCAGAUGUUAGUUUCUAAUAUUGGACAUGAAGGGAUCAGAGGGGCUAUCAGCUAGGCAUCCUGCAAGUCUCAGAAAAGCCCACGUGAUGUUAGGAAAGUGUUUUGCCUUUUGGCAAAGUAGCUGUUAAUGUAUAAAAAAAAAAAGGAAAUGAUGAUGACAGGGAUUGGAAAAUUUCCAAAAGGGAUUAGGAAAUGCUUGCAUUAGCCCGAAUAAUGAAAGGCACUUAAAGUGAGGUCUGUCUUCCUCACAAUGCAACUGGUUGUGCAUAAUUCUUGGGUAGGCUGAAAUUGAUAGUACGUAGUUUCUAAAAUUGUAAUACAAAGUAUAACAAUAUACUGUAGGUAACUUCAAUACUAAAAAACUGUUUACAUUGAUUCUAUUACAGAGCUAAUUCACUAAGUUUAUUAAAUAUUUUGUCUAAUUAUUUUCUGCCAAACCAAACAGUUUUCGGUAGGGUUGAUCUUUCUCGCCCGUUCUGUUGAAAUUAUCUGCUUAUUUCUGUUUGUUUGGGUGUGUGACUGAGCUCAAGCCAUGAUAAAUGACUUCUAACAAAAGCAAUGCAUCACAAUCCAUUAUCAGUCUAUCUAAUAUUCUGUCUCCAUCAUAGUUACACUUAGUACUGGGCAGUUUGUUUUAACAAGGAAAAAUCAAAGAGUGACACAAACCAUGUCCUGCCUCUGCUGGAAGUUUAAUAUGUGGUAGUGAGUGAAGGUGAUGAAGGAACUGAUUUUUUAUUUUAUUUUUUACUUUCCGUGUCUGUUUUAAAAUCCAUACAAUUUUCUUUUAUGUUGAGGCUAAUAAAAUAUUUAUUUUGUAAGAAUGAAAA